UUGUUUAUAAAUACCCGGAUGUUUGACCCACUAACACAUUUACAACAGCCUAACGUCAGGUUGGGGGCGGGGCCUGUAGCUCAAAUCAAAAACACAACAUCAGUCCUCUCUGUCUCUGUGUGGUUCGGAUCAGCUUCUUCCUCCAGAAAGCGCGGUCUAUCCCGCUCAGCUGUUUAAUUUGCUCGUUUUUUUAGUUUAUAUAUUAUCUCAUGCUCUCGUCUGUGCUCGUUAUUCAUGUUGGCGAAUCUUCAGUCGCGCUUUUUAGUGAGCGUAACUCCGAGACCAGCGCAGAACCUGAGGUUCCGCCUUCUGCUGCUCAGAACAUCAAAUCUAACCUCCACAGCGUUAGAAAACUGUUACAGUUACAGAAAUGGAGGAGUGAAUCCCACUCGUUAAUGCAGCGAGUUUCUCACACAGCGGCCGCGGUUUCCUCUGGAAAGUAGUUCCUGCCAGCAGAAGAGUCACAGUCCCCAUGAAGUUCUGUGGCUCAGAGGAGAACCAGCGCCUGGAAAGGCUGUUGGAUGACAACCUGGCAAGAGAGAUGCGGCUUUGGAAAGCUCCUGUUCUCAAAGGCGGAUGCAUCCAGGGAUCCGACAUCACUCCAUCUCUGUACCAAGAGAUUGUCUUUUGGUUGUGUGAGAUGAGCGAGACGUUCAUGUUCUCUUCUGAGACUUUUGCUUUGGGCGUCUGUGUUCUCAACAGGCUUUUGGCAACUGUAAAGGCCCAGUCUAAAUACCUCAAGUGCAUGGCCAUUACUUCACUGAUACUUGCUGCAAAAAUCAAUGAGGAGGAUGAGGUGAUUGCGUCGGUUAAGGACCUGUUGGUGCAGAGCGGAUGCAACUUUUCAAUAGCAGAGAUUCUUCGCAUGGAAAGGAUCAUUCUCGAUAAGCUGCACUGGGACCUUUACACCGCAACACCGGUCGACUUCAUUCACAUCGUAAGUAAUACCUGACACUUUGUUGACCCCCACGUUUGUUUUCCUCCAUUGAGACAAAACACAACGGUACAAAAAGCACAAGAGAACAUACUAACCUCUCCUUUUGAUGUGGCUAUUGCGUUAACAUUACCAAAAUGGAGUCUUGGUCCCUCAAAUUGUGCAGUUGGUAGACAUGGUUGGCCCUGAGCCAGUAAGGAUUGAUGGCCGCAGGUGCUUUCGCGCUUGGACAAACACUUGGCGCAAAGCUUACACUGAGACAGUGGAAGUUAACUUAAAUAUGAUGAACAUUUUGCCAAGGCACUGAUCUGGCUUGUACUGAGUCAGCAAUGCAGAUAGAUGACGCAGCACAAGAAAAAUGGACAGCAUUUCAGUUGUAUAUAAAUAGUUUUUUUUAAACAAGAGUAAUGUCCACAAAGAGAAAAACAUUACAGCUUCUCUUCUUAAACUAUCAUGCAGUAUGAGUGCAGGUAUUGGCUGUCGUUAGAGUUGCUUUGGGCUUAAGCUCAGCUACUAACUGGCUUUGAAGAAGCAAAAUUUGCAAGAGAGCCAUUUCACAUAUUGAAUAUCUUGUUGCGGCUUAUCUAGGACGUACUGCAUGGCGGCUUUGGCACACUGUUUAGAAAGCCAGUCACUUUCCAGAAAUUUGCUUGUCAGAAAACAAACAGCUUGGCAACACACACUUAAAAUUCCUCUUCAUUUAAAAUAAAGCAUCAUAAACAAAAAAAAAUCUAUUUUUAAACUGUAAAGAAAGAAAACAAAUAAACAUGUUCUCUUGUCUGUAAUACUUGAAAGAGUAAAAUAUAAUAAUUGUGAAUAAUGAAAUGAAAAAAUAUCUGCUAGCAUAGAAAAAUAAAUUUCCUUAAAUCUUUUCAAAUAAAUAUCCAACAUUUGCUAUCCUAUGGGUACAUUCCAGUAAAAAAGGAAAAGAAAAGAAUAUGAAAUAUUUUGCCAUCAAAUUCAGCUACUCUCAUUCUUGUGUUGGAGAUCUACUGAAAGAAAUUGUUACAGCACUACAAUACUCUCCUCAUGUCACUUAUAAGUUUCUCUAGUAUCUGUAAACAUGGCACACAUCAUUUCUGCUCAACAUGGCUUUUUUUCUUCUUCAGUUUAACAUACAAAACGUGCAUGUUAACAAAAAUAUCUUGCUUACCACAGAAACAUAAAUGCUUUAUAGCUAUAAUAUCUAUCAAACGAGACUACCUGAC